AAAUCAAAACAAUGGUUUCUUCUUUGCCAUACCCCAAAACCUUCCUUCUUACACUUUUGUUCUUAUCAUUCUCUAUAGUCAAUGCUCUUGUUCCUAAAAAUGAGACAUUCAAGUAUGAAAACUCAGGUGAGUUUGGCCCUUACAUUGUAGAGUAUGGUGCCAAUUACCGAAUGAUAAGCAUAUUCACCUCUCCUUUCCAAGUUGGUUUCUAUAACACCACCCCAAAUGCUUUUACCCUAGCGCUUCGCGUUGGCCUCCAGCGAUCGGAGCAGCUUUUCCGAUGGGUCUGGGAGGCCAACAGAGGCAAUCCCGUCGGCGAGGGUGCCACUUUCGCCCUAGGAGCCGACGGGAACCUUGUGUUGGCCGAGGCCAACGGAAGAAUUGCAUGGCAAACCAACACAAGCAACAAGGAUGUUGUUGCCUUUAGGUUGCUACCAAAUGGUAACAUGGUGCUAAUUGAUUCCAAAGGGAAAUUUGUUUGGCAAAGUUUUGAUUACCCAACGGAUACACUCUUAGUGGGCCAGUCUCUAAGGGCUCAAGGCCCAUCAAAAUUGGUUAGUAGGCUUUCGGAGAAGGAAAAUGUUAAUGGGCCCUAUAGCUUUGUACUUCAGCCCAAUGGGCUAGCCCUAUACUACAAGAGCAAAAAUUCUCCUAAGCCUAUUAUCUAUGGCCUCCUUUUAACUAAAAACUUUUUCUUUUCCGAAAAAGGGUCAUUGAAAAACGUGACACUUGCAUCCGAUCCAGAAAGUUUCACCCUUGGAUUUGAUUACUAUGUGGCAAAUCCUUCUAGUACUGGCACUAGGGUUAUUGCUUUGCCGGUUAAUAAUAGCACAUUGACAUACCUUAGGCUUGAAAUUGAUGGCAACAUUAGGUUAUACACUUAUUUCCUUGAUGUGCGUGAUGGGGUUUGGAAAGAGAUAUACACAUUGUUUGAUAGAGAUUCUGAUGAAGAAAGUGAGUGUCAAUUGCCAAGUAGGUGUGGGAAUUUAGGGUUAUGUGAAAAUAACCAAUGUGUUGGUUGUCCUUUGGAGAAUGGUAUACUUGGUUGGAGCAAAGAUUGCAUUGCUAAGAGUGUGACUUCUUGCAAGGCUAGUGAUUUCCACUACUAUAAGAUUGAAGGUGUUGAGCAUUACAUGACCAAGUACAAUGUUGGGGAUAAGGUAAGUGAGAGCAAUUGUGGGAACAAGUGUAGCAAGGAUUGCAAGUGUGUUGGGUAUUUCUAUCAUAGGGAGAAUUCAUUGUGUUGGAUAGCUUAUGAUCUACAAACACUUACUAAAGUGGCAAAUUCCACACAUGUGGGGUAUGUCAAGGUGCCUAAUAGUUAAGGAGAGACAUCUAUAUAGUCCUAGGAAAAAGUGUUGGUGUUGAUGUAAUUGAUGAUGUGUUUUCUAUUUUGUAUUUGGGGUUGUGAGUUUAUUCAUUUCGUGCUAGUGAUUUGGUAUUGCAAUAAGAUGGGUUUAGCAUAUGUUCUCUAUGCGGAGACAUGCAACAUGGAAAUAAAAUAAAAUGUGUCAUAAAAUUGUAAUUGUCUUGUAUUCGUAAUGCAAUUCUGAAUUUUACGUA